AUGAUUUCGAAUAAAUUACUUAAGAAUAUCCCUAUCAGAACUUUCCAUUCAUCAAGUAAAUUGUUGAAAACCACUCCAGACAUUUAUAGAGAAUCUGGAGUGCCAAAAGAAAUAGUAUCAGGAGCCCCUAGUUAUUUAACUGAAAGAACUGUUAGAAUCUUUAAAGAAUCUAAACCUGCUACUCAAUCAAGUAAUAAUAAUGGUAAAGCAUGGAAAGUUGAUUGGGACAUUAUCGGAAAGAAGAAUAGAUGGGAAAAUGAUUUAAUGGGUUAUCAAGGAACUGCCGAUGUUAUGAAUGCUACUAAUAUGAGAUUUGAUAACAAAGAAGCAGCUAUAAAAUUCGUUGAAGGUCAAGGUUGGGAUUACUAUAUUUAUGAACCAAAAGAAAGAAAAUUCAGAAAGAAGGAUUAUUCUGCUAAUUUCUAUCAUUCAUACGGUCCUUUAAAACAUAUUAGAACUAAAUAA